ACACACUUUAGAUAAGGACAAUUAGUCACCAGCGAGACCCUGUAGGAAGAGAGGUUUAAAUCAGAGGGAUUUAAUGAGGGUGCUCUGUGCCUUCCCUGAAGCCAUGCCCUCCAGCAACUCCCGCCCCCCCUCGUGCCUAGCCCCGGUGGCUCUCUUCUUGGCUCUGUUGCUCCAUCUCUUCCUUUCCUCCCAAGCUGGAGACAGGAGACCCUUGCCUGUAGACAGAGCUCCAGGUUUGAAGGAAAAGACCCUGAUUCUACUUGAUGUGAGCACCAAGAACCCAAUCAGGACAGUCAAUGAAAACUUCCUCUCUCUGCAGCUGGAUCCGUCCAUCAUUCAUGAUGGCUGGCUCGAUUUCUUAAGCUCCAAGCGUCUGGUGACCCUGGCCCGGGGACUUUCGCCCGCCUUCCUGCGCUUCGGGGGCAAAAGGACUGACUUCCUGCAGUUCCAGAACCUGAGGAACCCGGCGAAAAGCCGCGGGGGCCCCGGACCUGAUUACUAUCUCAAAAACUAUGAGGAUGACAUUGUUCGAAGUGAUGUUGCCUUGGAUAAACAGAAAGGCUGUAAGAUUGCCCAGCACCCUGAUGUUAUGCUGGAGCUCCAACGGGAGAAGGCAGCUCAGAUGCAUCUGGUUCUUCUAAAGGAGCAAUUCUCCAAUACUUACAGUAAUCUCAUAUUAACAGCCAGGUCUCUAGACAAACUUUAUAACUUUGCUGAUUGCUCUGGACUCCACCUGAUAUUUGCUCUAAAUGCACUGCGUCGUAAUCCCAACAACUCCUGGAACAGUUCUAGUGCCCUGAGUCUACUGAAGUACAGCGCCAGCAAAAAAUACAACAUUUCUUGGGAACUGGGUAAUGAGCCAAAUAACUAUCGCACCAUGCAUGGCCGGGCAGUAAAUGGCAGCCAGUUGGGAAAGGAUUACAUCCAGCUGAAGAGCUUGUUGCAGCCUAUCCGGAUUUACUCCAGAGCCAGCUUGUAUGGCCCCAAUAUUGGGCGGCCCAGGAAGAAUGUCAUCGCCCUCCUAGAUGGAUUCAUGAAGGUGGCAGGGAGCACAGUGGAUGCAGUUACCUGGCAACAUUGCUACAUUGAUGGCCGAGUGGUCAAGGUGAUGGACUUCCUGAAAACUCGCCUGUUAGAUACACUCUCUGACCAGAUUAGGAAAAUUCAGAAAGUGGUUAAUACAUAUACCCCAGGGAAGAAGAUUUGGCUUGAAGGUGUGGUGACCACCUCAGCUGGAGGCACAAACAACCUAUCAGAUUCCUAUGCUGCAGGAUUCUUAUGGUUGAACACUUUAGGAAUGCUGGCCAAUCAGGGCAUUGAUGUUGUGAUACGGCACUCAUUUUUUGACCAUGGAUACAAUCACCUCGUGGACCAGAAUUUUAACCCACUACCAGACUACUGGCUCUCUCUCCUCUACAAGCGCUUGAUCGGCCCCAAAGUCUUGGCCGUGCACGUGGCCGGGCUCCAGCGGAAGCCACGGCCAGGCCGAGUGAUCCGGGACAAACUAAGGAUUUACGCGCACUGCACAAACCACCACAACCACAACUAUGUUCGAGGGUCCAUUACACUUUUUAUCAUCAACUUGCACAGAUCAAGAAAGAAAAUCAAACUGGCUGGGACUCUCAGGGACAAGCUUGUGCACCAGUAUCUGCUGCAGCCCUAUGGACAGGAGGGCCUGAAGUCCAAGUCAGUGCAGCUGAACGGCCAGCCCUUGGUGAUGGUGGACGAUGGGACGCUCCCAGAAUUGAAGCCCCGCCCCCUGCGAGCAGGCCGGACAUUGGUCAUCCCUCCAGUCACCAUGGGCUUUUAUGUGGUCAAGAAUGUCAACGCCUUGGCCUGCCGCUACCGAUAAGCCACCCUCGCCCUCACGAAGCUCCAGCGCGCCUGCUGGACUGCUUUCCACCCUUCCGCCCAAUAGUAUCCUUACUUUUCAGGCAUCUAGCACCAAACCAGCCUCUGCCGCCCCAUCCUGCUGGGAUCAACAUAGACUUGCUCUCCCGAGAUAGCACAAGCUUAGCCCGGGUAGUUCACAUCCACCCCAGAGGGGAAUGUGGACAUCGCCUGACCUACGUGAGGAUGAAGGUAUGUGCAGAGCUGUACGUAUCCUUGUUCGUGUACCGCGAAACCAAGCUGAAGCACACUCCCUGGACAGACGGGACAGCUCCCCACGGUGCUGGCCGCAGGGCGGCAUCACUGCAGGCCUUCGCCUGGGCCGCCGCCCUCAGCGGAAGAUGGCAAGGAAGAAAGCCGGGUGGGCCUGAGAGCCCCGUCCCCUCCAGCCCCUUUCCUCCGUCUGCUCCCCGCUGUUGCGCCGGUUUCCUGUGAGCUCCCUUCCCAGAGGGGGGCCGCGGGGAGCCAGCGCCGGCCUGCGGGGUGAGCUCCGUGUCAUUUCCUGGCUGAUGUAUGAGCCUGUGCAUCUGGGUUUCUGACAGUGGCAUCGAUCACUGGCUACUCCUCUGGGAAGCCGGUGCUCAAAAGUAAAAUUGCGCUCAUACUCCAGGCUUCAUAAGAAGGUUCUACUCCUCUGUGGAUCCGGACUCCCCAGGGUUGCAGUGGGGGUCAGGCGACAACACUCGCUAAGUGGAGAGCAGUGUAUUAGGCACCACGAAAAGCGACCAUCAUCCGCCGUGUGGCUGUGCGGGGGCAGUUUCGGUGCAUGGAGAAAGCACAUCACACCACCAGCACACAUGCGCACACACCAACAACUGAACAAAGCAGAUCAUCAGACCCGCCUCAGACUUGAAAGAAUAUUUAUUAAGGAUAAGCCCCAAAACCAUUUAAAAAAUAAAAGAGGUGUAGGUCAAAGGUCCUCACCGUAGGACACAGCUGACUAAUCGUUCUGCCUCGUCGCGAGUAGCUGUGUGCCUCUCGGUGCGUUUGCUAGGCAGAAAUCCAAUCUGGUCACUGAAGACCACCGGGCCCCUCCUGUCCCAGACCAGCUUAUUUGAGCAGUGGACACAGCUUCCGGUUAGCGGUUAUGGGGAAGGCGGAAUCUGGAGACAGGGCUGAUGGGAAAACCUUGGGUGGUGGGUGGAAAGCUCCCAGUUGGAAGGGGGCAAGUGGAGUGAGUGGAAGUUCAUCGUGAGGACCUUCUGUCUGGGCUGUGGGGUCUUUGCAAACAAUCUGCCUCUGAAAUGACUUCCUUUUCCGCGGAUGGGAUCUUCUUUCUCAGGAUAAAUGACAUGAGUGAUGCUCUUUUAAAAGGAGGAGAUAUUUGAUAAUGUCAGGGUUCCAACUAAGGGAGCGAUGCAAUUUCUGCUGCUGUCCAAGGACAGGAAUGGAGGGGAGGGGAGGGAGGGGCGGGACUGCUGAGGCCAGAGGCCAGGGAGACUGCCGAAGGUGCCAAGGAGUUAGGUAAGGACUAGGCCAAGUGUGCAGAGUGAACGGUAGGGUGAGAGACGGGGGAAGAUGAAACAGGAGAGGAGGCAGAGGAUUCUCAGCUUGGGGAACUGCAAGUUGGGGAGAGGGAAGCUGACAGGCUCAUUGUACGUGUAAAGAAGAGAGUGCACAUGGUUUCGACAGGCUUAUUAUUAGGUACAGAAGGAACAGCACACGGAAGGUGCAGCGAGAAAGGGGAGAUGGGACCGGCUGGACCCAGUGGGUGGCUCAGCCUGGAAGCAGCUCUGGAGAGGGAGGCCACUCAGAGGGUCUACCUGCCACUGAAGCUUCAGCUCCGAGAGGGGAGAGAGAAAGGAGGAGAGAGGUUACAGAGGACGAGCCCAAGGGAGGAAGAGAGUGAAAAAAGAGAAAUGAGAGACCAAGAGAUUGUUUCCCCAAACUCUUAUCAGAAGCUCUUCUAUCCAUUGGUGCAAGCAGAGCUGCAGGGCCCCUGAUAGUAACCAGCCCCUGAUAGUAAUCGAGGUCCUUGCAGGCCCAGCCCUGGGCUUCUUUGCUUUACAUACACAGUAGCCCCUGUUUUUCCUGUAAGUCAUGCAGAGGGUCCAGACCUUUCCCAGGGUCACCUGGGGCAACGGUUUGCUGAGCUCAGAACAAUCGAGAACUUGUUCAUUUAACCACCACGCUCAGUGGCUGCCUAGUUCACAGACUCGCCCUUUCACCUCUUCACGGCUUCUGCUACUUCAGUCCAGCCAGGACCUCCAAAGCUCCACUCAGACACACUUUCUGUAAGCGCCAAUUUUCACAAAGCCUCCACGUGUGCAGAAUAUAGGUAGUUCCUGCUGCUGCUUUCUCUAUGUAUUAGAAGCUGCUCCUAAGAGGUUUUGCUCUUUUAGUUGAUAAAAAGGGAGAAGGGGAUCACUGAGAUUUAUCUCUGGAGCCCUGCAAUUCUCACUUUGCAACUGUCUCACGUUAGAAGUACUUGCAUUGUUCAAAGGAAACCGAAAAAGUCACUGUAAAAUCACAUCCCAUAGAGACUUUAGUGCAAAGCAUCUAUCCUGGAUUUUUCAUGUUGGGGUGGGGGUAAUGACUAAAUCAGUGGGGAUGCCUCCUUCUUAUGGAUGCCCUUAUCACACUUCCCGCAAAGGCCGGCCUGUGGCAGAAUUCAGCAUCAGCACCCACCAUCAUCAUCUGGGAGCAGCUUGCCCGACUGGGCCCUGGGACAAAAGAGCUCACCUACCAGCCUUCCAGAUCAGAUAUUUCCUCCUAAAGCAGGACCUGGCUGAGACAAUCUAAGACUUAAGAACCACUUUAUUUUAAACCAAAGAAUGGGUUUCUAAAGUGCUUAUUUGAAAGCCUGAUAAUGAGAAAUCUGUGUCUUUUGUUAAGAUGAUUUUCUGCUCCUUCUGCCUCUAGGAAUGAUUUUCUUUCUCCUUUCUUAUCGCAAAGGCUCAGAACAAAUUCUCAUUGUUAUUUGGAGAGAGUGUCCCAGUUCCUGUAGUGCCCUGAAAAAGCUGCAACUAUGGGAUAUUAGCAUUAUCUCCAGAUAGAGAAUAGCUUGAAAAUGCCAGAACUGGGCUAGAGUGAGACACAGGCCUGGGACUCCCAGAACCACAAUUCCCAGAGGCCCACUUGCCCUCUGCAGCCCCAGCCCCUCCCCAGACAGUUGGGUCCAAGCCCUGCACCUCCCACAGGACAGAGGUUGUUGGUGGAAUCUGCCUGCGAAGCCCCCACUGGGCUUCUGUGGCCUCCUGGGGUCAGGCAGUGGAGAGGAUCCUGCAGGACUGUGAACUGCUGAGCUGCCAGUGGUCCAGGCCAGGCCCAGCAUCCGCAGGUGUGCUCUACUGCGUGCACUCCAGGCUGGUGUGUUUGGGACGGAUACAGCUGCAGGACUCACCUUGGAAAUUCAUUAAGAGCAGGGUUAUUUCUGAAAGCAAAAGAGCAGUAUAUAAUCUCUGCAGAAACAAAGGCGAACCAGGUGGAUAAAAACAUUGAAACAGGGAAGGACUUUAAACAUUUGAAAUAGCAAUAGAGGAACCAAAAAUAAUAGAGAUAUGGCUUGGAGAAGGCAAGGGAAGAAUGGGCAUAAACAUUUACGGAGCACGGUUUCCUCUCCUUCCCCUUCUCCCCAACCUCAGCACCACUGACCCAGCCUGCACACUGCCAAUUGCUCUCUUCUACUAACUUACUGUCCAGGUCCACAGCCUCACCUCUGCCAGCCGCUCUGUCCUCACCCUGGAGCCCAGGGAAAUCUGCUGUACCAAGAGGGAAUUCAGUUUUGUUUGUAGAAAUAUUUGCAAUCUUUUCUUAGGAUGUACCAGAAUUGAAAAUAAGAUAGUAAGGGGUUCUCAAAGAGAAACAGUUAUUAUAGGGCCCAAACAACUGGAACGUUACAAUCACUGCCUCUCAGACCCACUAACAGGAACACAAAGGCUUCUGUAACUGCCUUCCUAUCCCAGUCCUGGGCAGUGAGUAUUUGGGGAGGACCAGAGACGUAAUCUAUCCAAAACCAUCCAGAUAAGCAGAGUGGCAGGGCUGGGACUUGAACCCAGAUCUGUUGGAUUCCAAAGCUUGCUCUCAAUGCAUUAUGCUCUCUCUCAUUGGACCGGUCAUGGCCAACUUUUUCUUAUCUCUGUGCUGCCCACAGUUAGCUUCCUUAACAUCUUGUGUGUGCCUACAGAGAACCCUAGUAGUGCCUUCACCCAGGACAGUUCACCUCGGGUUUGGGGAAGCCAACUAACAACUCUGACAAGUAGCAAGUUGGGCUGUGACCAGCCUUGGCUGUAGACUUUCGAAUCCAGGCUCAUCUUGGCCCUCCAGUGGCCCUCCUGGUCCCCUCCUCUUCGUCUGUAUUGUCCUGUAGAACAAUUUAAAGGGCCACUCCCACCACCAUCACCACCACCACCACCCACAACAGGUGAUGAGUCUUGAUAUUCUAAGUCCUGGAGGUAAGUGGCAGAGCCAGUUGGCACCCACUCGUGCUCCUCCUCUCUCCACCACCCAGAGGUAUGGAAGUUUCUCUUCACUUUUCCAGACUAAAUAAAAAAUGCAUUAAUCAUUGCCCCAUGGGUGGUAGUCACAAAUAUCACUCUAAAACAAGUAAGCCAAAACACCAAAAAAGCAAAUCAAAUGCUUUGGUACCGACUUCCUCCCAAAUGCCAGAGCAGCCCCUCGGAGCCCUGGGAGCAGUGGCCAAGCUCCAAACGAUUGGCUCAUGAAUAAAUCCCUCUAUCCCAGGCACCCAGCAGAAAGAAAGGCGGGCUUUCCUUGCAGCCUAACAUUACUCUUCUAAUCAUUAUUCAUGAAAAUCUUCUAGGAUUCUUUUUUAAGUUGUAAAUGUUAUGUAAUAAAUUAUAUUUUUGGAAGAAGCAAAAAGAAACCUUAGUUUUAUUGAUCUGGAAGUUGGCAAAAUGAGGCAGGAACACCUCCCAGGGAAAGUUUCUUCUCUGUGCAGAGGAUUUAACAGGUGUUAAUAUUUUCUUCCAGAAAACAGAUUAUAUUAAGGUUUAUAUGAGCCUGAUGAUUGCAGAGAGUUUGGGUUCAUGAGGUAGUUUAUAUAUUGAGGAAAUGUUUUGUAAGUAAUAAAAUGUGAAUACUCUAACUUUCAGUUCUCAGGGUGUUCUGUGGGGAAAGGGAGGUCACUUGUCCAUGCUACACCUUGACCUUCAGACUGAUUGCCUGGAACAAACACAUGCUGGGGAUCUUUGAUUUCAUGGUGUGCUUCCCUCUCCUUCUCCUCUCUCCCCCACAAGCUUUGCUUCAAGUACUCUAAAUGGAAAUUAAAUAUUAUUAUUCAA